CAGAGCAGUUCCAGUUUUUGUCUCAGAGACAUAGAGGUUACCCAUUCAGUGCUUCCUUUUAUGUCAAUGGCAUCAUGGUGACCAGGAUCAGUUCCUGCUGUGAGUACCGCUACACUCCUGGCUUCCAGCAGGGCAGGAAGAGCUGCUUCAGAUUGACUUGGCUGGCUGGUGGGAUACCCUGCUACAGAUGCACAAGUCUCCGAACCAAAUACAGCUCUAGCCAGCAGCUGAACAACGGCGCAAAGGAGAACUUAAAUCUUUCUCUCGAGCAGAGCACUGGCAAUGCAGGCGUCAUCGAGUCAUGUCCAUCAUCCCCUCUAUUUAUCCCAGCAAAACCUGUGAAGAAAUCAGUGAGGAGGACAAGAAAACACACCAAGGAGGGCAGCAGAGGAUCAACAGACAGCGAAGACCUUCCUGUAGCUGGAAUUAAAGAGACCUCCAAAAAGAAACGACGCAAGGGUCAAACUAAUCAGAAGGAGAGCAAAGGCAAGACAGCUGGAAAUGACAGAGGAGAAGAGAGACAAGACGGCAAGAGCUCAACGAGGUCAACAGUGAUGGAAAAAUUUGAAGACAAGGCAUUGUCUGCCAGACGAGAGCAGGACAGAGCAACCAGCCCUGUCACAAUCCUGCAUACGGGGCAGCCGCCAUCGAAGAUGAUAAGCAAAUUUCCCGAUUCAUUGCAGGAUGAGGAAGCACUGACGAAGCAGAACAGAGAGAAACAGAAGGGCCUUGGAUCAAAUGGGAAAAACAGAGAUGGGGAAAAGCUGAAGGACUUCUAUGAAGAAUGUGUGGAAAUGAGUGCUGCGUUGAAGCAAGGCCCAAGCAAACAUCACUGGUUCAAGGCAAACAUCCUGGAGAGGUGCCGGCUCCAGAAGAGGCUGUCAUCGGGCCCCAAAGCUCAACGCUCAGAUGUGGAGCUCAGUGCAGAAAGUGACACCAUUCUGCAGCAUGAUGGAAAGCCAGAGGAAGAAGAGCACAUGGUUAAUCAGAGCGCUGGCACGGAAGAGUCCGUUAGAGAGCAAGACCUGCAGGCACAGCUUCAUGCCAUGAUGACAGUGCUGAGCAUGUCUGAUGAGGUGGAGCAGCUGGUUCUGAGGAACACGGACCUCACAGAUGACCUUCUGCUGAGCCUGGCGGGGUCACUAAAAAGCAGUCUGUCUGAAGUCACACUACUCAAUCUCAACCUCAACCUCAUUGGCCCCUACGGUGCUCACAUUCUGCUGGACGUUCUGAGAGUGAAGCCCCAGGUCAAAGGCCUGCACUUGUUUGGGAACAAACUGCGUGACCAUGGAGUGCUGACCCUGUUGAACGGAAUAGCUGAGCUGCAGGAACAAACAGCAAGAGCAGCUGCUGCUAUCCAACAGGCUAUGCUUUUCCCAUCAGAACACAAUAUGCUACCUCAGCUGCCCUCUGGAUGGAGCUCUUUCAGGCUUUUUACACUUUUAGAGCUGGAUAUUGGAGGAAAUGGUUUGAGCAGUGAUGGGGUGAAAGUGUUAGCAUCAUAUAUGAGAUCCCAUUCCUAUCUUCAGUAUUUAGGGCUAGCACAGACCAGCGGUGCCGAUCUGGCAGCUUGGAAGGAACUUUUUGACAGCUUAAAAGGAAACAGCUCACUGACUCAGAUCAUCCUAGACGAAAAUAACUUGGGUGACCCCGGGGUCAGGCUGCUGGCUGACAUGCUGAAAGAGAACAUGAGUUUGCAGCAGGUGGAUUUAGACAAGAACUGCAUCAGCGAUGUGGGAGGAAAUGACAUCAUGGGGGCUUUGCUUUGCAGGACACAGUUUCCACUGAGGCAUCUGAGCCUCCAGGAGAACAACAUCAGUGCAGGACUAAUGAGCAGGAUACAAGAGGAGGUAAAAUAUAAAUGAGUCCUGCAGGGGUGGAAGAAUACAUUCGCAAACCCUGAAAAACUAUGUAACAUAAACAAAACACUGACUUGAAAACUCAUAAGGUUUGUUGUUUACAUUCCGGAGGUCAGAGAGGCAAAACCUGACUCAUUUGACUUGUUUGACCAUCAAACACACACAAACAUAAAGAGCUCUUCCUUCCUAUACCUGGGUGGCCCUGCUAAGAAACACUGCAUCUCAGUUUAGUUCUGGCAGGUAGUGUGGGAGGCAUGUUUACUUUGGUCUGGAUGCAUUUUCAAAGAGAUAUCAAUGAACUGAACCUUAUUUCUGUAUGCCAAGGUUACAUCUUCAUCUUGAUUUUUUUUUUCCUACUUCCCACCAGUGUUACCCCUCGUGACUCCACACCUACUUCGCUAAAAUCGACUCCAGCAAGACUCCAGGCUCGUUGAUCCAUCUGUCAUUCUAUUGAAUAAUUUGCUGCCUUCUGACAAAAAAGAAACCACAGUGAUUCAUUCCACCCACAGUAUUUACAAGUGGAUGACUUACCCACAACAUUUUCCCCCAGAGCAUUGCAGUAGCUCUUCUCCACUUCUACAAAUCAAAAGAGUUAUGGACAGUCAACUAUGCCACAUCAACUACCCCUAUUUUGUUAGUUCUUGCAUCUUCAUGCGCUAGACAGUACUUCUAUUCAUAAUCUAAGAAGCAAAACUAGGCCACACUCAUCUGGGCCGUCAUCUCAUUGUUCUAUCAACAUAGACAUUCUGAGCAUAACUGUACCUGUGAUCAAAGCUUGUCAAAGUGGUAAUUAUCUCCUCCUCUCAAGGCUGCCAGUAGUGAUUCUGUUGAAAAUAACCCGUCCAUAUUUCAUCUGCAGUCUCUGCGAAUUCCUUUCUGCGGAACCCCGAUAAAGGCGCUCCUCGAAUCCCCAAGCGGAUGACAGAUAAAUGAGACUGGUGUUCCUGAAGAUUACAUCUGCAGACGUUAUCCGGCGUCGCCGUACCACACUGA